AUGGCCUUCCAACGCUCGACCCUGCUGGCACUGCUUGUGCUCGUCAUCGCCGCACUCUUUGCACACGCACAAGAAGUCGACUUGACAUCGGCGGCUGGCGACACCAGCCUAUCUGUCCGGGCAGAAGACGAACCGACCGCGGCGGUGGCCAACUGCGCUCUCGCCAUCAACUGCGGCCAGUGCAAGAGCUCCAGUUGCGGAUGGUGCGGCGAUAGCGAUAGCAAAGGCUACUGCGAGAACUGCACCGAGAAGGACUGCAAGAAGCCGGACUCCUGCAACUACAAAUACUACACCCACAAUAUCUGCCCCAGCGAGAUCGACGACGUGCUGCUGGGCGUAGGCGCCAUCAUCGGCAUCGUGGUGGGCGGCGUGGUCGGCCUGUGCUGCCUGGGUGCCGCCUGCCUGGGACUCAUCUACUGCCUCUGCUGCCGUCGCCACGGCUAUCACCACCUCUAA